UCGUUUAAAUCAAUCAAAGAAUCAAGCAAGCAAGCAGUCGAUCUCGUUCGUGUCCAAUUCUCCCGCCCCCUGCAUCGGUACAGCAGCAGUAGCGAAUUCAUCAGAUUGGCGACGCACCACCACGCACCCAUCGCUUACAGCAGACGCCAUCAAUCAAUGCCUCACCAAGAACCGCUCCCCUUUUGGAUGGUCAACGUCCCGCGCGACCAAUGGACAGACGAGUGCCCAGAGUUCCUCAGCGACUGCGGCGACAAAGACCGACGCAUCAUUGGGACGCCGGAUUCCGACUAUCGGACCUUGACCUGGGACGAGGUGCGAGAUUUGAUCCGCAUCAACCGCGUCGACCAGUUCCACCGCAAACCGUCGGAGCUGCGGAGGUAUCGCCAAUUCACCCAUCGCCUUGUGAAAGAGUAUGGCAGCAUUAUGAAUUUCAUUGUGAAUGAGCGGCUCAAGUGGACGACCAUGACGCCCGUGGGCGAGCCGUUUGAAUGUGGCGAAGACUUGACCAUCCUCUACAACGACUGGCCCUACGGCAUCGACGCUCGCAUCAAACACCUCGUCAUCUGGACCAAAUUCGAGCUGGAAGACGACCCGGAGACGGGCUUGUCGACGGCGGAAUCGCACCGGCAAAUCGACGAGUUUGUGCAGCGGACGUUUGGGUCGAAGCUCAGGCAGGACCAGUUUGCGUGGUUCAAGAACUGGAAGAGCCUGAAGAGCGUGCAUGCCGUGGAGCAUUUCCACGUUAUGCUGUUCGAUGCCGACGACGAGUUUGUGCGGGAGAUUACGAACGGGGAUGUUCCCAUGACUGCCAAGUUCUAA